ACCUGCAAUGGGCUGAAGGGCCUGUUCCUGUGCUGUGCUGAGAUGUGCCAAGUUGUAUGUUUUCUGUUCUUUGCUUGGUUGUGGGCUCAAACCCAUAACCUCCCUUCUCUCUGCAGUUUUAAAAGGGUAAGACAUUUAAAAAUCGCUUUGGGUUCAACAUUACAGCUCUUAAGCAAUCGGAGACGGUCUGAUAAACAUACGGCAGCUUUAUUGUUAUUAUAAAUACCCAGCAAUGGAAAAAAAGUAAAAUCAACUAAUUCAUCUCGUACCACGGUACGUAAUGGGAAAUAUCUUAUUCAUUAAAUUAUACAAAGCUGGCAAUAAAUCAGGCAUGAGUUGCAUGGUUGUAAUUUUUGAUUCAGAUUGCUGGGCAUGCAGCACGUACAUUAGAAUUAGAAGUUUGAAAGGUUAAAUAUAUGAAUGCAAAUAGCUUAUUAGCGACAUCAGGCCAUUUACACUUCUGCAAACCUGGGCACUGAAUAUGUUUUCUUUUCAAAUGUUUGCUCCAGAUAAGUAAACAUUCAUGAAACAAAAGUGUAAAAACUCUACACAUUUGUAAAGCUGAAUUUGUUCAUUUGAAUGUUACAUUUUCAAUUUUUGUUUGGAAACGUGGAGAGUAAUUGAAUACAUUUCCAAAUGGUGAAAGCCUGCUGGGAAGGUUAUAGGUACGCGCUCCAGUGGUAUGUAUGUAAGCUCACAGAGGUGUUUGUGUUCAUUGGAGCCGACCGGACCAAACCGGAGAGGAAACCAGUUGUUUAAUUUAAACUUGUAACCCAAUCAAUUUAAAGGUGGGAAAAUCAUCAACAUCUGCCCAUUGUUGAGAUUGGAAUAAGCCAGAUCAUGCUGCAGGUUCUUAACCUCGGACAGGCGUAGUCUAUUUGUGAACGUGAAGACAAACUACAGGCUACACUGAAGUGCUUCCGACACCCCACCCACUGGCCAGUUGAAAUGGCAGAGGACAAGACGUUUUGCUAUAGUCUUAUCGUUCUGGGAUUCUUCCUGAUUAUGGUUGGGAUGUUCAUCAUGAAUGUGGAUAAACCUGGGGUCUAUGCUACCUUCUGUUCCAUUGGGAUCUUGAUGAUCAUUGUCGGGAUCAUCUGGAGCAUUUGCCAGUGUUAUGCUAAGAUCAAGCCUGCCACAGCCUUCACACCAGACACAGAGCGCUUAUUCCAGCUAAAGCAUCAAAUUCCAGGCUCCAUGUCGGAGUGUGGGGUGCCUCUCAAAACAAGCACUCAGCCUCCGUAUACCUCUUGUGAUGAGGCAGCACAGUGUGAGCAAACCCUUCCUAUUUAUGAGCUGAGUCAGCUGAUAGUGAGCAGUGAUGUCCGCGAUGUGCAGUCACCUCCCACCUCACUCCAGCCACAGCACUUGGAUGCAGACCAGCACUCAUCUCUGAAUGCAGAAGUCCAGGUCCACAAAGACUCCGCAAACAACAGGGCAACAUGUUCCAGCUGGAGUGACAUCACGUUUUCUGAUGGAAACAGUGAAGGAGGGCACACGGGGGCGCCUCUUGCCACCUUCCAAGAAGGCAAUGGAAUGAUCAGCCCAUCUUCCUCGGAAAACGUGUCCCCCCUCAGGUACAGGUCGGACCUCCCGAUUUCUUCCAGAAACAAAGGACAGAACCUCCCAACUAGGAGCCAGAGCGUUACCUUCAUUGAUGCAGGGUCCGGCGACGGGCCAAGACUCUGCGACCAGCCAGCUUCUAACGCUGCUGGCAGUGAUCAGAGAGAUGUUGCAAGCAACGAAAUGCCACUGCCGUUUAAACUUGAACAAUCAACAACCAAUGAAGGUCAGAAGAGAGAGGGACUUGCAGAAGAUGAAAUGUUUUAUGGGAUUUAUGACAAAAGGAAUCAUAUAUUUGAGGAAUCCCACCAAGAAGAAUAUUGCUCCAAUGAAAUUCCCAUGUAACAUCCAAUAUCGCCUUCAAGAUGUUUUUAAACAUUUACAUAUAUUGAAGAUCAGUUGAUCCUCCUCACCAUUGAAAAUAGUGUUUGAACUUUUAAGUUUUAAACAGGCCGUGCCACCAUCUAGAGAAACUUAAGAAAAUUCAGGAUUUUUUAAAAACCUGCGGAAUUCUGUAUUGGCAAUCUAUUUUGUAAUGUUAACCAUACUUUUUGCAUUAUGAAUUAGCCUUGCAAAAUGUUGACACUGCAUAGUCUACGGACCAAUUAUAACUGUUUAUGGAUAUGCAACAGGUUGGGUUAGUUUCAAUCACAGAUUCACAUCAUGUCUGCAUCAGGAAGGAAAUGUAUACCCGCACAGAAAAGGGGUAGAAAUGAACAGUUUUGAACAUCCCAAUAUUAUUACUGUCAAUAGCAAUUUAAUUGCAAGUUAAUAUUGUAACUGAAAAUUGGUAUUUUAGUCGUAUUUUUUUUUGUUCAUUGAUUAAGCUCAAUAUUGCAACAGUUAUAAUAUCCUAAAAAUACCCUCCCUGAACUGAAGACUAAAAAAAAGAAAAACUAAUUCAAGCCUCAAUUGGAAUAAACUGGCAAUAGAGAUAAGACCAUAUGACAUGGGAGCAGCAUUAGGCCAUUCGGCCCAUCAAGUCUACUCCGCCAUUCAAUAAUGGCCGAUCUAGUUUUCCUUCUUGCCCCCAUUUUCCUACCUUCUCCCCGUAAUCUUUGACGCUCUUAUGAUACAAUUUUUUUUAAAAGAGUUUAUUUGCAUCCUGAAAUCUGACAAGGCCAGGUUCUAUUGCACAUCCUAAAUGCCCUGGAACUGAGUGACUUGCUAAGCCUUUUCAGGGGCAUUUGCAAAUGACCCACACUGAUAAGUGAGGGCAAGCAAGGAGAGGCUAAUGUUCAUACUGUUGGGUUGUAGACUACCCAAGGGGAAUACUGUAUGUGCUGAUCUUUCAGUUAGGCUAUGUCUGGAGGCCUGGGGCUUGCGUGGAUCGGGCACCGCUCAUAAGAACUAGAGCGUAAACUGGACUUUGAAAAUAGUGCCAAAACAUGGCGCCUCAUGCAUGUGGGCUCAGUAGACUAUUUAUGUACGCUUGCUAAUCAACGAUGUGCUUAGGUAUGGGAAUAAUGUCCUGGACUGUAUGUAAGAAAAUAAUUUCACUGUGCGUUUACACAUGCAACAAUAAAAGCACAAUUACACCAUUGUCUGGCAACGGAGGAGGCCAAGGACAAACAUAUCUGUAUGGAAAUUGGCAGGGGAGUCACAAUGAUGAGCAACCAGAAGCUCCUGCAGGCCUUGGCAGACAGAGUGCAAGUUUUCGGUGAAACAAUUACUUUGGAUUGGUCUUGCCGAUGCAAAGGAGGCCACAUUGGGAGCACCGAAUGCAGUAGACGAGGUUUAAAGAGGUGCACAAACAUCUGUAUCAUCUGGAACAGCAGCGGGGGCUCCCUGGCUGGAAGUGAGAGAGGAGGUGGAGGUGGAGGGACAGGUGAGAAUAUUCAUUCACAAAGAUUAUAAAAUGAAUUGCCAAAUCUCUCGCCUAUUCCUUUUCUCCAAUAAUGCUGCCUGACCCGCUGAGUUACUCCAGCAUUUUGUGUCUAUCUUUGGUACAAACCGGCAUCUAGAGUUCCUUCCUACACAUCUGCAGAGUUUUUGUUUCAUUCCCAUUCUAAUACUCUUGGCACCAGCAAUUUGCUUCAUGUGUCAUUAAAAACUCGUGAGUCCUGGCAUUAAUGCAUUUUGCAUUAAAAACAGUGCACAUACAGUCUGAAGAGGGUCUAACUUUGUAAUCCUUGCUUUCCCUUUCUCUCCAUCCCUCCCCCCUCCCCUGUUCUCUGACUAGUUUGACUAUAGUUUACAUUUUAUCCUUGUUUGCUUUAUUGCUACCCUCUCCUAGCUAAUAAUGAUCUAUUCUAUAUUUUCCUUGAUCCACAUCCCCCUUUUCUCAUUUUCACACCUUACAGUUCCUUAUCUCUGUACCUCCCUCUCCCCUUACAGUCUGAAGAAGGGUCUCGACCCAAAACGUCACCCAUUCCUUUUAUCCAGAAUUGUUGCCUGUCCUGCUAAGUUACUCCAGCAUUUUGGGUCUAUCUUCGGUGUAGACCAGCAUCUGCAGUGCAGUUCCUUCCUGUACACAGCAUUAACGUUUGUGCAAACUCAUCACUGGAGUAAGAAUUACAAAAACAAUUUUAUCAGCAGAAAAUACCCGACUGCUGAUCAACGUGAUAAAUGAAUCACAAGGUCAAUUGGACGUCACACAUCAAUGUUUUCCAAAUCAUCCAGAUAACUAAAUUAGCUUGCCUACCUGCAAUCUGCUCAACAAAUAGUGCUGUGAGCCCAAGCAAAUAUCCUGUGUGUUUAAUUACCUCCUGGCUAGUUAAAGGUCACAGGUUAAUUAGAUAAUUAAAAUGAAUGCAGAACGACCCACUGAGUGAUUCAA